UAAAAUUCGACCCUGGCUCCAUCUAUACAAAGCCGGCGGAAACUAUUCAACAAGUAGUUUCCGCCGCCUCCUAAUAGAUGGCGCUAACCUUCCCGCGUACAAAAAACCCGGUCGGUAACUUAUUGAGCAGUUUUUAUUUAUGGCGGUCUUUUUAAAAUAUAGGUGUGUCAAACAAUUAUUUUAAUAAAAAAUGGAACCAAAGGAGUAAAAGAUGUGUCUUUUCAGUUGCGAGUUAAUUUUACAAUUAAUCUACAAUUGAUGUGGGGCGCCACCAAAGUUCAUAAUUAAGCCCUCGUCUGGUAUCGGUGACAUAUCGAAACAAUAUAUUGUUAUCGUUUACUUGCAUUAGAUUAUUGCAGUGCGAAGUGUUUCACAUUUAUUUGCUGGGAUAGAGCAGAUUCCGCUCGUUUUAGAUGAACAAGUUCAAGAACCCUCGGAAAUAAAGAUAAUAGUCUGGACUCGGAUUUUCUUCAACGUGCGAAUUUAUUGUCAGAAGAUAUACUUAAAAGCCGCAGACCAGGACUUAAAGUUUCAUUUAAUAAUCUUCUCGAAGGCCACAGAAUUUCCGCCUCACAUAUCGUACUUGCAGAGAUGUCUAUCUUAAAAUAUAAAAGGAGAUUGAAAAAAAAUAUUUCCAAUGAUCGUUUAAUCAGCGAUUCAGCGACGAUCAACGACCCACAUAACAAAGUCGAUAAAGCAACUAAAUCUCUAUCAGUACCUGUUUAUUUCGAUUUCGUACCAAACUAUAGAUAAUAUUAUUUUUAUCAAUCUACGAUUAUACAGACAGAAUUCCUUGGCAAGUAAUUGACACGUGGGCUUAAAAUUGAUUUAAUUUUAUAAUAUUAUUACUAUGCUAAAGUUAUCUUUUUUUUUUUUAGGUCAUUCUGCAUAAAAGUCUCAGUAUACAAUGUCGAUAAAAAUUAAUAAUCCCUGAAGUAUUUCAAUUUUUAAUUACGGUUUAAAACGAUCUGGCUUCAUCCGCAUCAAUUCUACAGAUCAGAACGUGGAAAAUUCUAAUUUCACAUCACAGACGACUAAAAGUGGAGGCAAUAGGGAGACUAAUCUUACUUAUGGCAUCGACGACGUUCCACCAUGGUAUCUAUGCUUGUUCAUGGCUUUACAGCAUUAUUUGACCAUGAUAGGAGCUAUCGUUUCGAUCCCUUUCAUCCUGUGCCCAGCAUUGUGUAUGGCCGAGGAUGACCCAGCUAGGAGUUAUAUUAUUUCUACUAUGAUCUUUGUCACUGGAUUGGUGACCCUCUUGCAAACCACUAUCGGUUGCAGAUUACCAUUAGUACAAGGAGGAACUAUAUCGUUUCUAGUCCCAACUUUGGCGAUAUUAAGUUUACCCCAAUGGAAGUGUCCAGCGCCGGAAGUAUUAGAUGAAAUGUCCGCGGAAAAUCGCACAGAAUUAUGGCAAGUUAGAAUGAGAGAACUCUCGGGUGCUAUCGCCGUUUCCGCUUUGUUCCAAGUUGUUGUCGGAUUUGGAGGUAUCAUUGGUUACUUGUUAAAAUUUAUAACACCUCUGACGAUCGUACCGACCGUCUCCUUAGUUGGAUUAUCCUUAUUCGAAAAUGCAGCCGAUGCAGCGUCUCAACACUGGGGUAUUGCAGCCGGAACUAUACUGAUGUUAACGAUGUACUCACAAAUAAUGGUGAACGUGCCAUUUCCGAUUUUAACGUAUCGCAAGGGUCAAGGAGUACGAAUCGUCUGGUUCGAACUGUUCAAAUUAUUCCCGGUGCUUUUAACCAUAAUAGUCAUGUGGAUAAUUUGCAUAAUUUUAACCGUGACCGAUGCGUUACCAGUCGGUCAUCCAGCCAGGGCAGAUAGUAAAUUAAAAAUCAUUAACAAUUCCCCAUGGUUCAGGGUACCGUAUCCUGGUCAGUGGGGAGUACCGACAGUAAGUUUGUCAGGGGUUCUUGGAAUGUUAGCUGGGGUAUUAGCGUGUACAGUGGAAUCUAUCAGUUAUUAUCCAACGACAUCAAGAAUGUGUGGUGCUCCUCCGCCACCAGUUCAUGCUAUUAACCGAGGUAUAGGUAUGGAGGGGCUUGGUACCAUGUUGGCUGGUCUCUGGGGAAGUGGAAAUGGCACAAACACCUUCGGAGAAAACGUUGGAACGAUAGGUGUUACAAAAGUUGGCAGCCGUAGAGUCAUCCAGUGGGCGUGCGCACUAAUGAUUCUACAAGGAUUGAUUAGCAAGUUUGGUGCCAUUUUUAUAAUCAUUCCUGAGCCCAUAGUGGGUGGAAUAUUUUGUGUGAUGUUUGGAAUGAUUUCCGCUUUUGGUCUAUCUGCGUUGCAAUACAUAAACUUAAAUUCAGCGAGGAAUCUAUACAUCCUUGGAUUCUCCAUCUUCUUCCCAUUAGUCUUAUCAAAGUGGAUGAUUAAACAUUCAAAUGUGAUCCAAACUGGGAAUGAAAUAGCCGAUGGUGUGCUUUCUGUGUUACUUAGUACAACUAUCCUAGUUGGGGGUAUAGUAGGGUGUUUACUGGACAAUAUUAUACCAGGUACUCCGGAAGAACGUGGUCUCAUAGCUUGGGCAAAUCAAAUGGAACUAGAUGCCGGCAAAGAUGAGAAAGAAGAGCAAGAUGAAUACGUGCCGAACACAUUUGAUUUUCCAUUUGGAAUGAAUGUUUUACGAAGGUGGAAAUGGACCCAAUAUGUACCAUUUUUACCGACGUACAAACCUGGGAUUUACUCCUGUGGUCAGAAAAAACACUGAGCACUCCUUUGAUAUUACAUUAUCUGAUGAUAACAUUGUUAAUCAGCACAAGGAAACUUAAUAGUGUAAAUAUUUAAAAAAUCAGUAUAAAAGCGAGAGACUGUUAAUUAGAAUGCGAAUAAAAGAUAUUUUUAUAUAA